UCGCAAGUCCGUUCACCCCUCACCAUGUUGCUUCAAACAAGAUGACGUAGAUGAUGAUAUUGCUUUAAUAUCGCGUCUUUCUUUCAACCACAUCGAGCCAUUAUGUAUUAUUUACCUACGACUUCAAAAAUUGUUUCGCUAAUAUCGCCAUUACAGGGUUUGACGCGACACUGUGCGUCAAUUUUCGUCACUAAGUAAAGUAAAAUGGCCGAGCACAGUGCAAGCGAUGGAUCUGCUGACAGUGACCAAGACUUCGAUCCGUCAGCAGAAAUGUUGGUAGAUGAGUACGACGACGAGAAAACCUUAGACGAAGAGGAGGCUCUGUCGAGCGACAUCAGCGUGGAAAAAGAACUAGACACAUUGCAAAGAGAGGGAGAUAUGCCCCUCGACCAGCUUCUAGCCACGUUUGGCAAUAGGGAUACUGAGGAGGACGACGAGGAAGAGGAUGAUGAUGAUGAUGAGGAUGAUGACGAUGAUGACACAAGCGAAUCCUCAGAGACCCCCUCGCCGCCUCCUCCUCCGAGGAAGGAACAUCCUUCUACCACACACUUGCUGAGAUCGGUCUCUCAUGCAAGCGAAACCUCGGACUCAGAUUCGGACUUGAUGGUGGAGGAGUACUGGAGAAGGAAUGACAAGCUGAGCGACCUCUUGGGGCCUGCCUACUCCAAAGUGCCUCACCAGACUAUACAGGUGGGAUCCGAGUACCAGGCGACCAUUCCCGUGGGGCUCUGUAAAUACGACGACGCUCCAGCAUAUGAAAACGAAGACCGUCUUCUCUGGGACCCGAGCAAACUGUCCGACAGCCAAGUGGAGGAGUACUUGGCCACAGCGCAGGACCCACCCAACAACGCAAUCCUAGGAAUAAACUCGUUGCAGCACGGAAACGAUAUCAGGGACGACGAACAAGCACUCUACCUCCUGUUACAAUGUGGCCACAACGUGGAGGAAGCGCUGAGGAGGAGAAGAAUGAAUCCCUCGGCACCCUCAGAGAUGAGCCUCUGGUCAGAGGAGGAGUGCCGGAGCUUUGAAAGCGGCCUUCGGCUGUACGGCAAGAACUUCCACCUCAUCCAGUUGCACAAGGUAUCGUACGGGGUUGCCCAUCCGCAGAGGGUUUCAGGGCCGCGUGUCCUCCUUCCGCAGGUGCGGACCCGGUCUGUCGGCGAACUGGUCCACUUCUACUACCUGUGGAAGAAGACUGAACGGCAUGACAUCUUCUCCAGCAAAGUGUGGCUGGAGAAAAAGAAGUACAACCUACAUCCCGGCACAACGGAUUACAUGGACAGAUUCUUAGACGAUCAAGACAACGCCCAGCAGUGUGACGAAGUCAAGCGUCCCCGCCUCCUCACCCGCCACGAGAACGGCGUCCCGACAACGUGGUCCCAAGAGGACGGUAAGAUUGCACCGGCCGUGACGUCGCCGGAGACUGUUAACCGUGCCGACGAGUGACCAAUGCUACUGACAUACAAAGGGACCAAAGAGGUCAAGUGCCUUCUUUCAACCUGUACUCGCCUACAGUAUAGUGAUGUUUAGAAAGAUGCCUGCCUAUACAAAUCAAACUGGCAUUUCUCUGUGCAGGUCACCUGUUCACUGUGAAUAAUCAUUAUGUACAAAGGCAUAUUUAUUGGUGGCCCAUCAUUAAAAAUCUUGUACACAUCA